AGCAAAACAAUCGAAAUGCGGGCUGUGCCCUCGCCUGCCCUCCGUAGGACCAAAGGGGAACACAAUUUGUAUCGAAUCAGUUUCGCAUCGGGAUUAGUGGAGAAUAGGCGACCAUGGCUGCAGGACGCGAGAUGUCCAUUUUCCUUAAAGCCCAGCGCAGAGGCUACGAGGGAUUUAGCGAAGAGGCAGAAAGUAGUUGGAAGGGACCCUUCUACUUCAUUCAAGGAGCCGAUCCACAGCUUGGCCUUAUGAAAGCUUGGAAGGCUGGAGACUGCGACAAUGGAGGAGAUGAAUGGCAGGAAGAGAUCCAGCUCACGGAACAAGCAGUAAAGGCCAUCAACUCACUGACAUGCAAACCCAAGUUCUUUGUACUGUGUGGAGAUCUGAUUCAUGCAAUGCCAGGUACCCCUUGGAAUGAGGAGCAAAAACAUGACCUCAGGAAUGUCUUGAAAUGUACUGACCCCAGCAUUCCAUUGGUUUUUGUCAGCGGCAACCAUGACAUAGGAAACACCCCAACCGCAGACACUAUUUCGGAAUACUGCAAGAGCUGGGGUGAUGAUUACUUCAGUUUCUGGGUCGGUGGGGUACUGUUUCUUGUGCUGAACUCUCAGUUUUUUUACGAUGCAUCCAGUUGCCCUGAAUUAAAGCAAGCCCAUGAUCAGUGGCUAAAUGAACAACUUGCUGCAGCUCGGACCAAGAAGAGCAAACACGUAAUUGUGUUCCAGCACAUCCCUCUGUUCCUCCAGAGCCCUGACGAAGAAAAUGGAUAUUUCAACCUUGAAAAGUCUGUACGGCUGGAUCUUCUGCAGAAAUUUCAGAAAGCAGGUGUGAAGGCAGUCUUUUCCGGCCAUUACCACCGGAACGCCGGUGGCAGGUUUAAUGACCUGGAUAUGGUGGUGACUUCGGCCAUAGGCUGCCAGCUGGGACAGGACAAGCACGGCGUGCGGGUGGUGGCAGUGACAGAGAAGAAUGUCCAUCACAGGUAUAUCAGUCUGGAUGAACUCAGCGAUGUUACAGUGGACGAGGUGAUCUCCCACCAUAGUGAAGAAAAUGUUCCAAAUCUCCACCUAUACUGAAUAAUGGUGAGAAAGGGCACUCAAGGACCAUGAGUGGCAUCAGUGGAUAAAUUUGUACAUCUGCUAAAGUUCAUUGAUUUUUCUUAAGAUAUUAUAAAGUCAGAGCUUCCAUAAUGAAACUCUACCAAAUGAUUUUUCUAUAUUUUUUGUUUUGGGUAGAUGACUGUUAUUUUAAGCAGUUAUAGGUAUAAUUCUCAGACUCUUUGUGGCUCUAUUUUUGCCAGCAUCUGUGCUACCACUUUGUCAGCUGUCAUCACUUUAAUUUGUGAUCUAUACUUGACUCUCGAUACAAUCUGUCACACUUCGAAGUAUUGCAAAUAAUAAAGGAAAUAUAAGCAAGAAUGCCAAAAAUACAGCUUAAUUAGUAAAAAAAAUAUUAGUCAGGAUUUAGUUUUGACAUGUUCAUUGUUAGGUUAAUCAAUUAAAAAUUACAGCAAUUUUUUUUCUGACACGAGGCACAAUUUGCAGGAUUCCACUUAUGGUAUAAUUUAACUAACACUUCAGAAGCUUGCCAUUGGACAGAACCUCAGGCAGACACUUAGUUAUGUGUCCAACCAGAGUGUUAAUUGGAUGUCGCUGUGGUAACAAGGCAGCUUGAGCCCAUUGUUACUUUCAUUUCAGACUGGUUAUAAAUGGAAAAAAAACCACUCUGUAUCCACCCCAUAAUCUGGAAACCAUUCUAUACAUGGGAAAUGUCUGGGGUCAAAAUCAGCACUGAAUCUCAAUGCUACUGUGGUCUGUUGUUUCCAGUAUAAUCAGACUUUUAGGUUUCUGUGCACUGACUGCAAAAUUGUUACUGUAUCAAUGAUGUGUGAGCACAAAACUCCUGGCUACUACUCCACUGCAGCAUUGAGAGCAUGCUGCAUGAUCGGAGAUGUCAAUAAAUAUCACACAAAAAAACAUUUCAACUAGGCAUUAUCAGAUUUCUUUUUGUGGGAGCUUGCUAUGCAAUUUCUAUACAGUAGCUGCCAUGUUUCCUAAACUACAACAGUGAGUACACUUCAGACACCUUGUGAUGCCCUGAGAUCAUGGAAGAGUUAAAUAAAUGACAUUUCUAUAAUUUUUCACAGCCAGGUGAUUCUGUCUUUAGUUCAACUGAAUUAUACAAAAUAGCAAAGCAAAUGUAAAUUUCACAAGAAAUAAAAAAACUGCUGGAGGAAUGCAGUAGGUUGCAUCUGUGGUCGGUGUUUUGGGUCAAGAGCCUGCACGUGGUUAAGGUUCUGCAUCUCGACCUGAAACGUCGAUCAUCCCUUUGUCUCCACAUUUGCUGCUUGAGCCACUGAGUUCCUCCAGCAGUUUUUGUUGCUUGCUCCAGAUUCCAGCAUCUGCAGUCUCUUGUGUCUCCAUUUAAAUUUCACAAUGCAGGAUUAUCAUGUUGUGAUCUUUUCUGUACUUAUUCAUAAUUCCCAUUACUUGAUCUCCCAGCAUAUACUAACUAUUCUCAGUCUGAUCUAAACAACUGUCAUAGAUGUGUAAGUAAAACAUUAACCUUGCUUGAUCAUUUAAUCUGACAAAUGGAGUAGAUAUCAGUAUUGGAAGAACCUAAGCAUUCUGAUACCUUGACAUGGAAACUGUGGGUUUAACAUUGCAUUAUUCAAUUUAUGUCUGAUAAAGUUUGAGAAAUAAUAUGAAGAAACGCACAAGAUUUUUGAAGUUAAUGCAGUGCAACAGCCCAAAACUGAAUUUUACAUGCUUUCUUAAGCUUAACAUUAGCUGUCAGUAGAAAUGGAUUCAGGUUUUAAGCUUGCAUAUUAUAUAAUACGUGCCUGGAAUUCCAUUUACAUGAGAAACAGGGCCUGGAAUAGGCCAUUCAGUCCUUUCAAGCAAGCUACACCUUCCAUCAAGUACAUGUCUGAUCUUCUACCUUAUCACUAAUCUCACAUCCCUUAACGUCAAGAAAUCUAUCGAUUUCGGUUUUGAAUGAGUUCAUUGCCUGGAAUCCUUUACGCCAGAGGCUCAAAGAUUCACUACCUUCAACUUGAAGAAAUUUCUCCUCAUUGGCCUACCUCUUAUUCUGAGACUCUGACCCCUGGCCCCAGACUCCUCAGCCAGGGGAAAGGUGCAAUCUCAUUAAGGCAGUAAUACGCAAUAACACUGAGCCAUCCUAUACUCAGGUCAUCUUGUAAUAAAAGCCAACAUGGUAAAUGACUGAUAUAGAUCAUAAAUACAUGUAAAAUCAUAAGCACCAAUUCCUGUGGUACCAGACUUGCCACAGCCUGCCAGGCUGAUAAAGAUCUGUUUAUUCUCUUUGCUUCCUGUCCAAUAAGUAAUUCUCAAUCAAUAUCAGUAUAUUACCUCUGACUUGGUGUGCUCUAACUUUGAUGACUACCCUCCUGCGUGGAACUUCUUUCUACAGCCAUACACGUAACACCUACUAGUUCCACCCCAUCUGUUUUACUCAAAGAACUCCAACAGAUUCGUCAAAGUUGCUUUUCCUUUCGUAAAUCCAUGAUGUUCAAUUCUAUUAUUAUUUUUUAAAUGCUCUCUUGUUACAGUCUUCAUUAUAGAUUCUAGCAUUUUUCCCUACUACUGACAGGAGGCUAACUCCAUUAAUCUGGACUUUGGUGCUGUAGACUGGGCUAUUGGAUGAUAUUCCUAUUAAUACCCCAACACACUUUUAAUCCAUUUUUAUGCGUCUCUUUUCACAGUACAUAGAAAAGUACAGCACAGGAACAGGCACUUCAGCCCACCUGCCUACAUGUGGUCUGUAUCCCUCUAGACCCUGCCCAUAUUCCUCUUAAAUGUUGCUAUUGUAUUUGCUUCUACUACCUCCUCUGGCAAUGCGUUCCAGGCACCUACCACUCUCUGUAAAUAAAAAUGUGCCUCACAUACCCCCUUUAAAAUCUCCCCCUCUCACCUUAAACCUAUGCUCUCUAGUAUUUGACAUUUCCACCCUGGGAAAAGACUAUCUACCCUACCUACGCCUCUCAUAAUCUUAUAAACUUCUAUCAGGUCACCCCUCAGCCUCCGACGCUCCACAGAAAACAAUCCAAGUUUGUCCAGCCUCUCCUUGUAGCUAAUAUUCUUUAAUCCAGGCAAAAUCCUGGUGAGCCUCUUCUUCACCCUCUCCAAAGCUUCCACAUGCUUGUUAUAGUGCAGCAACCAGGACUGCACACAGUACUCCAGAUGUGGCCUAGCCAAAGUUUAUAUAGCUACAGCAUUGCCCGGACUGAAUCAGGUAAUCACACUGUACACCUUUUUUACCGCCCUAGCCAUUUGUGUUACCACCUUCAGAGAGCUAUAGAUUUGCACCCCAAGAUCCCUCAGCACAUUAAUGCUCCAAGGGGUCUUGCCAUUCAUUAUAUACUUUCCUCUUGCAUUUGAUCUCCCAAAAUGCAUCACCUCGUUCUUGUCCAGAUUAAACUCGACCUACCAUUUAUCUGCCUAAAUUUCAACUGAUCUAUAUCCUGCUGUAUCCUUUGACGACCUUCCUCACUAUCCACAACACCACCAAUUUCUAUUUGUGUUACGUAGUGUAACAAAGUUUUCCUCUGAACCCAAGGGAGGGCAGCAACCAGGGUCUCGUUGUGUUGGAGGGUGCAAGGGAGUCAGCACCCAAGUGAGCCAGAGGCCGAAUCAUUGGGGUUUCUGAACAAUCAAUCAGAUAAUGGAUAUCGGAAUGUUACCACAGUUUCCUUUCUUAAAUAGUGGAGUCACUUUUCUGCUGUCAGCCACUAUAGUUGACCUUCAGGUAGGAUUUAAUUCAGGGUUGGGAAGGGAGUGGGGUUAUGAAGGUGGAGAUGCUGUUUGGAGGUUGGGAACACAUUGCCAAACUUCAAGAAAGGAAAAUGGGUCUGAGUAGGCAGCUUUUUCUGGCUCAAUGCACUGAAUGUACACUGCUGAAAAAUUCUCUGGUUUUCUAUAUGUCAUGGAACUUCUCUGUAAUCAAGAUUUCAGCUAAAUCCAAAAGGUAUCUUUGCAAUUAUAAUCAUGCUGAAUAUUUCUUUGGAAUAUUUCAAUCAUUUUAUGUUCAAUGCUGCUUUCAUGUUACCUUUCAACUGGAACUGGAUUCAAAAGAUUAUGAUUUCAAACCCCACUGAAAGACUUAGCUACACUGAACUCACAUAAACUUGUUAUACCCAUCACACCUGGGAACUCAAUGGAUUUGGCCCAAUGCCUCUGACAAUUAUUUUUAGUUGCAAUAUGCCACAACAAAGCAUGUUCCAAUCAGUGCCAAGAGCUGUAACGUUGCUUACUGUUUGUGACAAUGCAGGAAUAUGGUUGUCAGUGUAAUGGAGAGGGGUAUUUUGGGACAAGAGUAUGCUGGGUGGGGGGAUAAGCUUGGAUGUGUUGGCUGGGGGGUGCUGCCUGCAACCAUCAAUCACAAGAUUGAAGCACAGAGUGGGGAAGGUGCACAAGUGUGGUUGGGAUUUAGGAGAGAGAUUUCUUAGAGUAAAUGGCUGAUGUAAUAAAGAUAGUUCUACACAAAAUUACCUGAGAAGGAAGUCGCACAAGCACUCAAUGCACCUCUCCAUUUUGGAAAUCUUGCACGUGAUUCAUUUCUAAAAUUUCACCUGGUCCACUCAAGUGAUGCCCGUGCCACCUCCAGUCAUCACUCAUGUACAGGACUUCAAAUAUAUAGGUACACAUUAAACAUAAUAUGCACACGUUCCACACUAUGAACAUAAAUGUAUUAUGUACAUAUUACAGACACACUGUGUCCUAGCUGGCCCCUCUCUCUGUGCUGCCCUGCCUCUCCACCUCCAGCUGGGAGCCCACAACGACUGGUGGACCAGAAUGCUCACUGCAGUGCCAAGGCUUACAGGAGUAUCAAGGUCUCAGCCAAAUCUAAAAGGUAUCAUUGCAAUUAUAAUCCUGCAUUACAUUUAACUGUCAUCUUCAGCACAGAGUCUACAUGCAAAAUUCGAUCAUCUUGCACAGUAUCACAGGGAAUCUCAAAUUUAAAAAGUUAAUCUGAAAGUUGCAGGAUAUAGCACCAGUGUCACAAAGAGCUGGUGCAAUUAUCCUGCCCUAGCAACCACAGAAUAGAUGUAACUGAAACACAUAGUCACACAGUAGCAUUAACCCAGAAAAACAUCACAAGCCAUUUCAGAGAGCAAGCAGGGAAAAUAAAUGAUCCACUUCAACGUCAGCUUUCACACAGCAUUGUUAAUAGAGUGCAUCAGUGAUGAGUUCUUAUUAAUUAGAUGACAACUAUAUAAUCUGUGCUAACGACCCAUAUAUAGACUGUUCUAUAUUUACCUUAAGAUCAGAGUAAAAUACUUGGAUAAAGAAAACGUGACAUCAACUCAUACAAUAAACAUGCGAAAUCACAACCCAAAAAUUACUUUGGAUCAGAAUUAUAGGCAAUUAUGUACAAAUUUAGCAGCAAUCCAGCAAUUUACCCAAAUAAGGCCCCAGCAGAACAUUAAUCCUUACUGUUUAAUUUAUUCACAGAAUCUGAUCAGCACUGGCAACGCUAACAUUAAUGUCAAACUAAUCAUAAAGUCGAUUAGUGCCAUGUUCCUCCACACACUGGGUGUCAGCAGAAUAAAUCGUAUGGCUACUUAGGGCUACACAGGGCUAAUAGGUUACAGCUGGACAAUCUGAUGAAGAAGCAGGUAAAGGAAUUUAAAAUACUUGCAUUCCAAUAAUAUCUUUCCUGAUCUCCAGAGGCCCCAAAGCCAGUGUGAUACUUUUGGAUGUGUAGUCACUGUUAAAAUGUAGGAUCUGUGACAGUCUUUGAUGAGGCAUAUCAAGCUGUUGCAAACAGUAAUUGAAUAAAUGUCCAUACCAUCAAUUUGCAAUGUUGAUUAAAGGAUAACAGUUGGCCAAGAAAUCAGGAAGAAAAUCUUCCCAGUCAUACUAUGGAGCUCCAUGUUCACCUGAGAGGGCAGAGGGGGCCUGGAAUUAACAUCUCACCUGCAAAACAGCAUCUUUGACACUGUAGCAGUCCUUCAGUGGUAAACUAAACUGUCAGUUCCCAUUAUGUUCUCAAAUUCCUGAAGUGGUACUUAAAUUCAGAGCCUUUUGACCUGGAAGCAAGAGUACCACAGCAAACAUUUAUUAAUAUGUAGUAUUAUCACACCUUAUGUUAAAUAUGCUGUGUGCUUCAGUACAAGUAACUACAGGUAGCAAACAAUGUGGCAGCUUUCACAUAGCAUUAUUAAUAGAGUGAAUUAGUGUUCACCUAUCUAGAGGAAUUUACUGGCUUAUAUAUACAGAAAGUCAGGUAUGCAAAGGAGCCUUAAUUAUAUUCCAUUUUUUCCUCCAGCAUAUAGAGGUUAAGGUAGUCUUUAUAACUUAACCUUAGAUGUACUGUUGAAAUACACUUGAUGCUAAUGGUACCCACUGUUAUUUAUGUGCAGCAACUUCUGCCAAAGCUCAGGCACAAUUAAACAAAGGUUCUGUCCAUGGUUAAUGUCCAUUGUCCUGCAUCUGUUAGCAAUGCAAAACUGACACUUUGCUGAUAAUUAACAUCAUUUGAACAAUGUGAAUUUGCUGUAGUUGUGUGAUAGGUAUGAACUAAACUUGCUGCAGAAUGCUAGUCUUUGUCCUUAUCACUCUAAAUAUCUCCUAACAAAGUGAUAAUUGUACCUACCAAUAAUCAAUCUCUCUGGUACUGAAAACUGACCAUUAUCAAUGCGGAGUCUCAUUCCUUCAAAUUUCUUUAAAAAUAUUUCUUUCAUUUUCCAUUCUUUCUCUGACUUUUCUUUUUAAAUCAAAUUAUUUCUCUUUCAUUCUGUAUAGCACCAACCUGAUUUUUGCUCUAAUUUAUACCUCUCAGUCUGUUUCAUUAAGGAGAUCCACAGCUACUUGUCCCAUUCACUCAGGUCUUAGGUUUCUAAUUUACAAUUUCAGGAAGUUGUUUGUAUAAAAUGUGAAAACCUAAAUGUGAUUCAACCUUGCUGGAAAUUACAGGCCAUUGUAUUUACUUCAGGAAUCAUUUUGUGACUCUUUGGACCAUCUGUAAUAAUAUUAAUAUCCUAUUUUGAAAUGUACACUGUAAAUGAAUAUUUUCAAUGAACUACAAAACUUCACCGUAACUAUUAGGUCUCAUCUGCCAUUCUGGAUUUGUAAUUCCAGUCGUCAUUCUCAUUUCAUAAAUGCUAAUCCACAUUGUCAAAUUUAAAGCUCACUGCCAGUGCAAGAUUUCUUUUCAGUCUUCAGGCCAAUUCUUGCCUUUCAUUGAAAAUCUAUUUGGGUAU